CACCCUCAAAGCUCCUACGCACGACGUAUCUCGCCGCCAGCUGAAAGCGAGCUCCUCGGCGCGUAGCAGCUCGAGACGUCGUCACGCCGUACGUCGGCCAUCAAUCUCUAUUGGGCACACGAUCGGGAGUCACGCCGGCUCAUUUCGCGCAUUCGCGCACCAGUCGCGCUUAUCAUCAGUCGGGCUGGCGGGCGAUACCGCACCGCACCGCACCGCACCGCAUCAUCAUGGCCAGUGUCGACGACAUCUUCAAGAAUGCGGGCGUGCCCAGCAAGCGGAAGCUGGACGCCGUCAAGGACCCUAACGAGAUUUACAAGUCCAGCAAGCUGAGCGCCAACGGCUCUAGCCGCCACGCCCACGUGCAAGACGAGCCGGACGACGACGACCAGGAGGCCGGGCCAGCGGCACCUCCCGACGACGAUGGCGACUUCGGCCCCGCGAUGCCACCUGGCGACGAUGACGAUGGCGAUGAUGAAGAAGGCCGCUUCUUUGGCGGCGGCAUCACCAAGCAAGAGUCCCAGAUCCUCGACUACGUAGAGGGAGCCGGUGAGGCCGACCAGGGCCCCGAGAAGAUCGACGUCCCAUGGCUGCGCAAGACGGCCGCCAAUCUCGAGAAGCGCAUCGCCAAGAACGCCGAGCUGCGCGCCAAAUUCGAGAGCGAGCCGCAAAAGUUCAUCGGCAGCGAAGGCGACCUCGACGCCGACAUCAAGAGCCUGUCUAUACUGUCCGAGCACCCGGACCUGUAUCCUGAGUUUGUUAAGCUCGGGUGCGUCGCCAACCUGGCCGGUCUGCUUGCGCACGACAACACGGACAUUGCCAUUGACGUCAUGGAGAUUAUUGGUGAGCUGACGGACGAGGACGUCGCCGCCGAGGAUGAGCAGUGGAACGCAUUGGUGGACGCCCUGAUCGACGGCGACGUCGUGGGCCUACUCGUGUCCAAUUUCUCGCGCCUCAACGAAGACGACGAGACGGAUCGCAACGGCGUCUACUAUGCGCUCGGCAUCCUCGAGAACCUCUGCUCGAGGUCCGCAACGGCCACUCGUGUCGGUAGCGAGGCGGCACUACUAAAGUGGCUCUUGCAGCGCAUUCAGCGCAAGGAAUCCGUCGUCUCCCAGAACAAACAGUACGCGGCUGAGAUCCUCGCCAUCCUCGCCCAGUCAUCCCCCGAGUCUCGGCGGCGCAUCAUCGACCAGGACGCCACAGACACGCUGCUGCAACUCGUGGCGCCCUACCGGAAACGCGAUCCCGACAAGGGCGGCGAGGAGGAGGAAUACAUGGAGAACAUUUUCGAGGCCCUCACGUGUCUCGCCGACGAGCCGUCGGGCAAGGACAAGUUCAUCGAGGCAGAGGGCGUCGAGCUGUGCCUCAUCAUGCUCCGGGAGGGCAAGAUGAGCAAGGCCCCGGCCCUGCGUCUCCUCGACCACGCGGCCGGGGGGCGCGCCGGCGGCGCCGUGUGCUCCAAGCUCGUCGAGGCGGGCGGCCUCAAGGGCAUCUUCACGCUCUUCGGCAAGACGCACGACCACCGCUUCCUCGAGCACCUGCUCGGCAUCCUGGCCUCGAUGCUCCGCCUGCUGCCCGCGACCUCGCCCGAGCGCAUCCGCACGCUGGCCAAGUUCGUCGAGAAGGACUACGCCAAGGCCGCCAAGCUGGUGGCGCUGCACCGCGAGUACAGCGCCCGCGUCGCCCGCGCCGAGGAGGAGCACAGGCGGCGGCGGGAGGACCCCGAUGACGACGACGACGCGACGACGGACCCAGACGAGGCCGAGGUGGAGCUCCUGUCGCGGAGGCUGGACGCGGGGCUCUUCACGUUGCAGCAGAUCGAUGCCUCGCUGGCGUGGCUCGUGGCCGAGGACGCGGGCGCGCGCAGGAAGAUCCGGCAGCUGCUGGCGGAGCGCGACGAAGACCUCGCGGCCAUUGGAACCGUCAUCAAGGAGCAGCGGGCCGGAUUGGAUACCCAGGAGGAGGACAGCAAGGAUCUAAGCGACAUGUUGGGGGCGUUGCUCGAGUUCCUGGAGUGAAAAUAUAGACUCGUGCCAACGUCUCUGUAACGAUGUGUAUGUAUUCAUGUAAAACAGGGCCAUCCAUGCAUCCAUGGCUGGAGGACGUACAAGGUCCCCAUCAGCCCGUGUCGGCUGCCAUCACCGCCACCACGACCGCGCCUCCUUCCAUUGAAACAAUGCUACACGCC